CUCCGUUGUCUUUAACCCAGCUUUUGGCCAUCUCCCUCUUCUUCGAGCACCAUCCGUCCUCUCCUUCCCUACUCGACACAGCUUUCUUCUUCCAAUCGUAGGUGCCCUUUCAUUUCAUACAGAAACAUGUCGAAGGAGGUGAGCGAGGAGGGCCAAACCCACCAUGGCAAAGACUACGUAGACCCUCCACCGGCUCCUCUCCUAGAUGUGGCCGAGCUCAAGCUUUGGUCUUUCUACAGGGCCCUCAUCGCCGAGUUCAUCGCCACCCUUCUCUUCCUCUACGUCACCAUCGCCACCGUUAUCGGCCACAAAAAGCAGCCCGGCCCCUGCGACAGUGUGGGCCUCCUAGGCAUCGCUUGGGCCUUCGGUGGCAUGAUCUUCGUCCUCGUUUACUGCACCGCCGGUAUCUCUGGUGGCCACAUCAAUCCUGCGGUUACGUUCGGGUUGUUCUUGGCCAGGAAGGUGUCGCUCAUUCGAGCUUUGGCGUAUAUGGUGGCUCAGUGCCUGGGAGCUAUUUGCGGUACUGGGCUGGUGAAGGCGUUCAUGAAGCACUCGUACAACUCGCUCGGUGGUGGCGCUAACCAAGUGGACUCUGGCUACAGCAAAGGCACUGCUCUAGGCGCUGAGAUUAUCGGAACCUUCGUACUGGUUUACACCGUUUUCUCCGCCACUGAUCCCAAGAGAAGCGCCCGUGACUCUCACGUUCCUGUUUUGGCUCCAUUGCCAAUUGGAUUUGCUGUUUUUAUGGUUCACCUGGCUACCAUCCCGAUCACCGGUACGGGCAUAAACCCUGCAAGGAGCUUCGGUGCUGCUGUUAUCUUCAACAACGGCAAAGUUUGGGACGACCAGUGGAUCUUCUGGGUAGGUCCAUUCGUAGGAGCAUUGGCGGCGGCAGCGUAUCACCAGUAUAUUCUGAGAGCAGCGGCUAUCAAGGCGUUGGGAUCGUUCCGAAGCAACCCCAGCAACUAAAAACAAUUGAAGAAAGUCGUGGAUGCGUUAAUUAAUCAUUUAUUCGUUUGUUUUGUGUGGAUCAGAUGUGAUUAUGACUUGUAAUUUUGCUUAUUAUCUUUUUCUGGUGUAGAACUUGCAAUAUCUAGUUUGCUGCUGCUGGCUUUUGGCCGGGUAUGUGUAGUAUUUCUUUCUUUUGUUAAAUUAGUAUACAACCUUCGUCUUCUCAUCAUAACAAAAGAACCGCACAUCAACGUGAACGUAAUGAGAAGAGUCGCGUGAACGGGAUCGGCAUUAUUAAAAGGAAAUAGGGAAGUUCGAGAAGCUUCCGACUGUCAGUUGGCCACCGCAUCCCUCCUGUUAAUUGGAUAUUGGAUUGCUCCUGCACUUGUUUACUUAGGUAGAGCGUAUUAUUUGUUUUGGUUUUAUACAAGUCAUCUUUGUUAAAUUUUUAUAGCAAUUUUUUUAUUUGAUCAA